AUGGUGGAUCACUAUGGGCAUGGUAGCAGUGUUAAAAGCCAGGCUGGUCGAGAAGAUCAAGACAUGGAUGGUCGCAAAAUUAGUAUAGGUGACUGUGCUCUUUUCAAACCACCCCAGGAUUCUCCACCUUUCAUUGGACUAAUUCGUUGGUUUAGAUUGAAUAAAGAGAAUAAUCUACAGUUAGGGGUUAAUUGGCUUUAUCGACCAGCUGAAGUGAAGCUUGGCAAAGGCAUCCUGUUGGACGCCACGCCAAACGAAAUCUUCUAUUCCUUCCAUAAGGAUGAGAUUCCUGCUGCAUCAUUACUCCAUCCAUGUAAAGUUGCAUUCCUUCCUAAGGGUGUCGAACUGUCUCCAGGGAUAUCCUCACUUGUGUGUUGGCAAGUUUAUGACAUUGAAAACAAGUGUCUGUGGUGGUUAACUGAUCAGGACUAUAUUAAUGAGUGGCAAGAAGAAGUAGAUCGUCUAUUAUAUAAAACACGAAGAGAAAUGCAUGCAACAGUGCAGCCUGGUGCCCAUUCUCCCAAACCAAUAAAUGGCCCGCUGUUGAAACCUGGUUCAGAUAAUGUACAAGCUGGUGUCACUUCCUAUCCUUCUCAGGUUAAGGGAAAGAAAAGGGAGCAGGGAGAUCAGGGCUCUGAGCCUGUCAAACGUGAACGUUCCUCAAGAACAGAUGAUGGUGAUUCCAGUCUGUUUAAAGCUGAAAGUACUAUGAAGUCAGAGAUUGCCAAAAUAACUGAAAAAGGAGGGCUUGUAGAUUCUGAAGGAGUUGAGAAACUGGUGCAACUGAUGCAACUCAAUAGAGGCGAAAGGAAGAUGGAUUUAGUUAGCUGCUCAGUGCUUGCUGGUGUGUUAGCAGCCACAGAUAAGUUUGACUGCCUUGUGCGUUUUGUGCAACUCAAGGGUUUGCCAGUGUUCGAUGAAUGGCUUCAAGAUGUCCAUAAAGGGAAGGUUGGUGAUAGUGGUGCCCCAAAAGAUGGUGAUAAAUCUGUGGAGGAAUUUCUCUUAGUUUUACUUCGUGCACUUGAUAAGCUCCCUGUGAAUCUUCAUGCCCUACAAAUGUGCAACAUCGGUAGAUCUGUGAAUCAUUUACGUACACACAAAAACUUGGAAAUUCAGAAGAAGGUAAGGACAUUAGUUGACAUGUGGAAGAAACGGGUUGAGGCUGAAAUGAAUAUUAUUGAUGCAAAGUCUGGUUCCACUCAGGUUGUUUCAUGGCCUUCUAAAUCACGUCUACCUGAGGUUUCUCAUGGUGGGAGCAGAGAUUCUGGUGGGUCCUCCGAGGUAACUAUGAAGAGCUCCGUUGCACAGCUUUCUGCAUCUAAAACUCCUCCAGUUAAGUCUGUUCAGGUUGAAACUGCUGCAAAGUCUGCAUCCUCAUCUCCGGGGCCAAUUAAAUCGGUGCUUUCCCCUGCAUCAGGUAAGGAUGGUCAGCCUAGAAUUUCAGCUUGUAGUGCAUUUGACAUCGCUUUAACAACAGCAAGGGAGGACAAGAUCAGCAGCCCCGGUCAGUCUCACAACCACUGCCAGUCUUUCUCGGGAAAGGAGGACGCAAGGAGCUCUACUGCAGGGUCAAUGAGUGUCAAUAAGAUCUCUAGUGGUGCUCGACAUCGAAAAUCAAUUAAUAGCUUCCCUGGGUCAGUUGUAUGUGGAGGUAAAAAAGAAUCUGAGUCGAGCAGAAGUUCUUCACUUCACAGAAAUUUGGCUUCUGAACAAUUAUCACAGUCUGGUCUAACAUGUGAAAAGGCACUUGACAUCCCCAUUGUGGAUAGUAACAGUCACAACUUGAUUGUAAAGAUCCCGAACCGGGGCCGUAGUCCUGCAGAAAGUGCCAGUGGAUCCUUUGAAGAUCCUUCCAUCAUGAAUAGCAGAGCUUCUUCUCCUGUGCUUGUGGAGAAGCAUGGUCAAUUUGAUCAUAGUUUAAAGGAUAAGAGUGAUGCAUAUCAAGCUAAUGUUAUGUCUGAUGUGAAUACUGAGUCGUGGCAAAGUAAUGAUCUGAAAGAUGUGCUUACUGGAUCAGAUGAAGGUGAUGGAUCCCCUGCUGCCAUACCUGAUGAAGAGCGAAGUAGGAUCGUUGAAGACUCUAGGAAAUUAGCUGAAGUCUCAAAAGCCACUUCCUCAUCAUCCGGGAGUGAGCCCAAGUCAAAAAAAUUGCACGACACUUCUUUCAGCUCUAUAAAUGCAUUAAUUGAAAGUUGUGUUAAAUACUCUGAAGCAGCUGCAUCCAUGUCUCUUGGUGAUGAUGUUGGAAUGAACCUGCUUGCAAGUGUUGCUGCUGAAGAAAUGUCCAAGUCUGAUUUGCUAUCACCAACUGAUUCUCCACAGAGGAACACCCCAAUUGUUGAGGAUACUUGCAUGGUUGAUGAUGCCAAAUCAAAAUCAUCAUCUCGGGAUAACAUUCCUCGGGGUAUAUGUCAGCGUAGUGACCUUGGUGAUGGUGAUACUGAGAAGCAGGGUGCUUUGUGGUCUAAGGAUGGUCUACAUAUAUCUAAACUUGCUUCAGUCAACUUAUCAGAGGACAGAAAAACCACUUCUUCCUCUUGUGAAGAGAUGCCAGCCGGAGAGCACAAUGAGCACUUCAAGACUUCUAGUAGUGAUUUGCAACCUACUGCUGCUGACAGAUGCUUGGAGACUAAUGAAAAGUCAAAUGAAAUAAAAGGUGCUGCUUCCAUGUCUGUAAUGCAUGGUGAAAUAAGCUCACAUUUACCUGAGGAAAAGGCAGUUGUCAUCAUCACAACAGCUGUUGGCAUUCCAAACACUAAGCAGGUGGGAAGCAGUUCUUUGUUAACUGAGGAUAAGGUAAGCGAUGUCCUCUCAACCACAGAAGAGGAGCAGCAAUCUGUUGAAGUGGGUGAGAGUAAUGGUUUGAAUGAAGGGUCGAAUGGUGUCACUGUAGAGAAGAAGCCGCCUGCACUGGCGAUGAAUUCUGAGUGCACAGAAAGAACUGAUGGGGAAGUGGUGUGCCCUGAUUCUGGUAAAGAUGUGAUGGCAGAAAAUGUUGACCAAACAAAGGUUGAGAAAGCUGAUGAAAUGGACGAUAGGAAUUCUGUUACCAAGUCUGGAAGACAGGGAAUCGAUGAGGAAACCGACAAGCCUCCCACUAUUGAAAAUCAAGCUGGUCUGGUUCCAACUGUUACUGAUCAGAAGAGUGAUUGCAUGGAGGCAAAUGUUGAAAGUAAAGCGGAUCACCGCUCUGGUGCAGCAGUACCUUUCAAAGGGUCACAUGCAUUACCUGCCCAAGAAACAAAGCAGCAUGUGGGACCAAGGGGAUCCAAGUUGACUGGCAUUGAAGCAGACGAAACUGAGGAAUGUGCACCCACCACAACUGAGGCUUGUUUUUCUGUCACAGUGGCACCAGAUAUGGAUUCAAAACUGAAGUUUGAUUUGAAUGAAGGCUUGGUUGCGGAUGAUGGAAAAUACGGGGGCCCAAUUGAUUUCACAGGCAAUCGAUGUUCGUCUGCUCUUAAUUUACUUAAUCCAUUGCCUUUUCNAAGUAAUGAUCUGAAAGAUGUGCUUACUGGAUCAGAUGAAGGUGAUGGAUCCCCUGCUGCCAUACCUGAUGAAGAGCGAAGUAGGAUCGUUGAAGACUCUAGGAAAUUAGCUGAAGUCUCAAAAGCCACUUCCUCAUCAUCCGGGAGUGAGCCCAAGUCAAAAAAAUUGCACGACACUUCUUUCAGCUCUAUAAAUGCAUUAAUUGAAAGUUGUGUUAAAUACUCUGAAGCAGCUGCAUCCAUGUCUCUUGGUGAUGAUGUUGGAAUGAACCUGCUUGCAAGUGUUGCUGCUGAAGAAAUGUCCAAGUCUGAUUUGCUAUCACCAACUGAUUCUCCACAGAGGAACACCCCAAUUGUUGAGGAUACUUGCAUGGUUGAUGAUGCCAAAUCAAAAUCAUCAUCUCGGGAUAACAUUCCUCGGGGUAUAUGUCAGCGUAGUGACCUUGGUGAUGGUGAUACUGAGAAGCAGGGUGCUUUGUGGUCUAAGGAUGGUCUACAUAUAUCUAAACUUGCUUCAGUCAACUUAUCAGAGGACAGAAAAACCACUUCUUCCUCUUGUGAAGAGAUGCCAGCCGGAGAGCACAAUGAGCACUUCAAGACUUCUAGUAGUGAUUUGCAACCUACUGCUGCUGACAGAUGCUUGGAGACUAAUGAAAAGUCAAAUGAAAUAAAAGGUGCUGCUUCCAUGUCUGUAAUGCAUGGUGAAAUAAGCUCACAUUUACCUGAGGAAAAGGCAGUUGUCAUCAUCACAACAGCUGUUGGCAUUCCAAACACUAAGCAGGUGGGAAGCAGUUCUUUGUUAACUGAGGAUAAGGUAAGCGAUGUCCUCUCAACCACAGAAGAGGAGCAGCAAUCUGUUGAAGUGGGUGAGAGUAAUGGUUUGAAUGAAGGGUCGAAUGGUGUCACUGUAGAGAAGAAGCCGCCUGCACUGGCGAUGAAUUCUGAGUGCACAGAAAGAACUGAUGGGGAAGUGGUGUGCCCUGAUUCUGGUAAAGAUGUGAUGGCAGAAAAUGUUGACCAAACAAAGGUUGAGAAAGCUGAUGAAAUGGACGAUAGGAAUUCUGUUACCAAGUCUGGAAGACAGGGAAUCGAUGAGGAAACCGACAAGCCUCCCACUAUUGAAAAUCAAGCUGGUCUGGUUCCAACUGUUACUGAUCAGAAGAGUGAUUGCAUGGAGGCAAAUGUUGAAAGUAAAGCGGAUCACCGCUCUGGUGCAGCAGUACCUUUCAAAGGGUCACAUGCAUUACCUGCCCAAGAAACAAAGCAGCAUGUGGGACCAAGGGGAUCCAAGUUGACUGGCAUUGAAGCAGACGAAACUGAGGAAUGUGCACCCACCACAACUGAGGCUUGUUUUUCUGUCACAGUGGCACCAGAUAUGGAUUCAAAACUGAAGUUUGAUUUGAAUGAAGGCUUGGUUGCGGAUGAUGGAAAAUACGGGGGCCCAAUUGAUUUCACAGGCAAUCGAUGUUCGUCUGCUCUUAAUUUACUUAAUCCAUUGCCUUUUCCUGUUUCUUCAGUCUCCGGUAGCCUUUGUGCUUCUAUAAUGGUUGCUGCAGCCGCAAAAGGGCCCUUUGUUCCUUUAGAAGAUCUAUUGAGAAGUAAAGGGGAACUUGGAUGGAAGGGAUCAGCUGCCACCAGUGCAUUUCGCCCGGCUGAGCCCAGAAAAGUUGUGGAGAUCCCAAUGGGUAUGGAUAUUAGUCCUCUUCCUGAUGCUACUGCUAGUAAACAUGGUCGUCCUCUGUUGGAUAUUGAUCUCAAUGUGCCAGAUGAGAGAGUUCUUGAGGAUAUGGCCUCUCAGAACUUUGUUCCGGAAGAAGGUUCAACAUCUAAUCCAACAAAUAAUCAUAAUUUGUCACGGAAUGAACUGAUGGAUUCUUUGUCCGUUCGUAGCUCUGGGGGACUUAAUCUUGAUUUGAACCUAGUUGAUGAAGGUAAUGAUAUGGAGAAUUAUUCCACAAGCAGCAGUCAUAGAGUGGAGACCCCGCUCCCACAGGUGAAAUCAUCAUCUUCGUGUGGGUUUCCUAGUGUUGAGGUGAAGAGGGACUUUGAUUUAAACAGUGGGCCUGUACUGGAUGAUAUGGGCGCUGACCAAUCAUCAUUUAAUCAGCAUGGUAGGGGCAGCAUGCAAUUUCAGCCUCCUGUUGCCAGCCUUAGAAUGAACAAUCCAGAUCUAGGGAACUUCUCAUGGUUUUCAUCUGGGAACUAUCCUGGUGUCACAAUUCCAUCUGUCCUGCCUGAUAGAGGGGAGCAUCCUUUUCCAACCGUUGCACCUGGUGCGCCACAGAGAUUAUUGUGUUCUACUGGUGGUACCCUUUUUACUCCUGAUGUCUACCGGGGAUCAGUGUUGUCAUCAUCUCCUGCAGUGCCCUUUCCCUCUGUGCCCUUCCAGUACCCUGUCUUCCCUUUUGGGACAAGUUUUCCUCUGAACUCAACCACUUUUUCAGGUGGAUCAACUACUUGCAUGGAUUCAUCAUCUCUAAGGCUUGGUUUUCCUCCCGUUCAUUCACAGUUUCUUGGACCUGCUGGUGUAGUUUAUUCCAACUGUCCAACAAGGCCUUAUGUGGUUAGCCUUUCAGAUGGUAGCUGUAGUGGUGGUGUGGAGAACAAUAGAAAAUGGGGUAGGCAGAGUUUAGAUCUCAAUGCUGGCCCUGGUGUUCUGGACAUAGAAGGGAAGGAUGAGACUUUGCCUCUGGCAUCAAGGCAACUUUCUGUUACCAGUUCACAGGCAUUUGCAGAGGAGCAGGCAAGGAUAUACCAGGUGGCUGGUGGUGUUUUGAAGAGGAAGGAGCCUGAUGGAGGGUGGGAAAAUGAGAACUUUCGGUACAAGCAAUCCUCAAGGCAGUAG